GCAACGACGACAGGGAUGAUGUGCGGCGCGCACCACGACGAGGUGCCGGCGGAGGUGGCACGUCACCACGAGCACGCGGAGCCCGGGUCCGGCCAGUGCUGCUCCGCGGUGGUGCAGCACGUGGCGGCGCCCGCGGCGGCGGUGUGGUCCGUGGUGCGGCGGUUCGACCAGCCGCAGGCGUACAAGCGGUUCGUGCGCAGCUGCGCGCUGGUGGCGGGCGACGGCGGCGUGGGCACGCUCCGGGAGGUGCACGUCGUGUCGGGCCUCCCCGCGGCGUCCAGCCGCGAGCGGCUGGAGAUCCUGGACGACGAGAGCCACGUGCUGAGCUUCCGCGUCGUCGGCGGCGAGCACCGGCUCAAGAACUACCUCUCCGUCACCACCGUCCACCCGUCCCCCGCCGCGCCAUCCAGCGCCACCGUCGUCGUGGAGUCCUACGUCGUGGACGUGCCGGCGGGGAACACCAUCGAGGACACCCGCGUCUUCAUCGACACCAUCGUCAAGUGCAACCUCCAGUCGCUGGCCAAGACCGCCGAGAAGCUCGCCGCCGCGUCGUGAGACCUCCUCCUCUACCACCCUGGAUGUGAUCGAUCGAUUCCUUUUUUUCCGGGCGGGAUGGAUGGAUGUGUGUCUCUUCGGCGCGUGAGCAUUUCUUUCCCCUCUUGGGUUGUUAUUUUUUCUUCACAUUUGAGUGACCCUUCUUUUUUCUUCUUCUUCUCUCGUUGUUGUGAGAUGCAUGCAUGCUCCUUCCUCCCUUGUGCACAGAUUCAAGAAUGAUAAGCUAUCAUUGAUAGACCUCAAAUUCAC